AUGACCAGCGUGCAGGGAGACCAAAUAGCCACUGACGCCCCGAUUGCAGACAAUGUCAACGCAGAGCAGAACGUGGGUGACGGUUACGAGGCUGUUGGUGCGGCGUGCGGUUACCACCUAGAGACGCGAGCCACGCAGAGCGGCUCAAACUGGAUUGGUAGACUACGCGCGCGGAAGAAAUCAGCGGCAUCUGGCGAGAGUCAGGAGCCAGAGUAUUCACCCUCUGAGGAUGGAUAG